AAAUUGGGAAACAAUGAGCCUUAUUUCCAUUCAUCACAGGAGUUGCUCAAUCGUGCUUCAUUAUCAGAUUGUUCUAUCCUUUCUUUAAGCCUUGUUCUUAAAGAAAUAUAGGUUUCCCUUUUUCCUUUAAGUUACAAUAUGAUUGGGGGAAAUUAUUCGUUUAAUAAACACUCGAUUUGCAUUAUGUAACUACACAUGUACUAUUAGCAAUCUGACUUGUAUUCUAUUCACUAGAUCAUGUGGCGUGUAGUUUCGUAGGAAGCCGGUUAAAUUAAGUUUAGUUUAUUUUGAUAUUAAUGAGUUUUUAGGAAAAUAAGUACAAAAUGGUUGAAGAACAACAGAAACGAGUCGAAGAACAUACUAGCAAAAUAGUCGAAGAAAUUGAUAAAUCAAUGAGAAAAAUGAAGGGUGAUGCAUAUAGAUGUGCUGCAAUUUGUUGUGAUAAUGAGACCUAUAGUAUACAACGAGUACAGAACUGUGUAAAAAAUUGCAAUAAUUCACUGGAUCAAGCUCAAGAAUAUGCUAGAGAAGAACUGGAAAGAGUUCAAAAUCGAUUACAAAGGUGUGUUAUGGAUUGUAAUGACAGAAUAAAAGAUGCGGCAGGUCCAAAUCCAUCACAGCGUGAUUUGGAAAAAUAUAGUGAAAUAUUUGAUAAGUGUGUAACAAAAUGUGUAGAUAAUUAUUGUGAAACAUUACCUACCUUACAAAAAACAAUGAAGAAUGUUUUAUCUGAGAAGAAAUAUCAACAAUAACAGAAAUAAAACUAAUAAAUUGCAAUCUAGAGAUAAUAAAGUUAUUAGAUACUAAACUGCCAAUAUUUUGUGUAUAUUGCAUAAAAUUUUUUCUUAUUAUGUAUAAAUACAAUUUUUAGUACUACUUUAUAAAAAUAUGUUUCAGUAACAUGUAUUUUAAUUGCAUUUAGAUAUAAAAGACAACUAUGUGUAAACAAUAUUUUAUACACAAGGAAAUAGUGAACAUAAUGAGUUUUAUGGUUAUUGUAUUUAUUAAUUAAUACACUUGAUGAUUGCAGUGGUA